AUGGGAAACAAAGCACCUACUCCUGAAGAGCAGAUGAGAGAGUCCAAGAGACUUAUAAAUCGUGCAAUUCGUGAACUGGACCGCGAAAGAGUCCACCUUCAAAACGAAGAGAAGAAAAUUCAAAUGGAAAUAAAAACCCUAGCUCGCAAUGGCCAAAUCAACGCAUGCAAAACCCUCGCAAAAGAUUUGGUUCGGUCCCGUCGUUACGUCACUAAGUUUUACGAAAUGAGAUCCAAACUCCAAGGGGUCCUCCUGCAGUUGCAGACUGUAAAAUCAACUCAUAGCAUGAGUCAGGCUUUAAUGAACGUCACAAAAAGCAUGAAAGCCUUCAAUAAGUCAAUCAACAACGAAAAACUGAAUAAAAUCAUGCAAGAAUUCAUGAGAGAGAACGAAAGAAUGGGCAUGACUGAAGAAAUGAUGGGAGAAGCUGUAGACAUGGCUUUAGAUGCGGAAGGAGACCUUGAAGCUUCUGAUCAAGUUGUGGGACAAGUUUUGUCUGAAUUGGGUGUAGAGAUCUCAGAUCAGCUAGAAGGCGGAGUCCCAGUAGUAAAAGCAGAACCUCAGAAAGAGAACAAUAUGUCAGAUUUGGAGUCGAGAUUUCAAAAUCUUAAAUAG